AUGGGAAGUGUGGCGACAAAUCUCAAUGUUGGCUUCAAGAUUGAUCGGAUUGCGAUUAUUGGGGCCGGAGCAGCAGGACUAGCUGCAGCUACCUAUCUUUCAAGCGAAGAGCAAUUUUCUCAUAUUGAAGUCUUUGAGCAACGAAAUUCGCCGGGUGGAACAUGGAAUUAUUCAUCCGAAAAAAGAGCACCCAAAGUAACAGUCCCCAAAACGACGCCGGACGACAAUAAUGAGACGCCAUAUGAACCCGCAUCAUCCGCCGAUGAUGGCUUUGUAUCACCACUUUAUCGUGAUCUGGACACCAAUAUUCCCCAUAGCCUUAUGAACUUUUCGACACAGCCUUUUCCAGCGGGCUCGCCGCUGUUUCCUUCUCGCGAUGUCGUCACCGAAUACCUUCAUCAAUAUGCCGCAUCUUUGAAGCAUUUGAUUCAUUACAAUACUCAAGUGAAGAACCUGACAAAGAUAAAUUUGGAUGGGAAUGAGUGUUGGGAAUUGGAAACGCAGAAUUUGAAGACACAUGAAACAAGCAUAUCUAUAUAUGACGCUGUGGUAGUCGCGAAUGGCCAUUAUAGUGAUAUCUUCAUUCCUGAUAUUAAGGGUAUCAAAGAGUUUCAUGAACAAUAUCCUGGGGUGAUAUCACACUCAAAAUACUAUGGGGAACCGGAGGACUUCAAGGACAAGAAAGUUAUUGUGGUUGGAUUUUCAGCAUCAGGGCUCGACGUCAGCGUCCAAAUAGCUCAACUAUGCCAACAUCCAGUCCUCGUAUCCGAAAGGCAGCCAUCUCUGCUUGACCCCAGCGAAACAAGCACAAAUCUCAGGAUGAUGCCUACCAUUGAAGAGUUUCUUAUAGGCAAACGAGCCGUCCGGUUCAGUAACGGACAUAUCGAGACCGGCAUAGAUUCAGUCAUUUUCUGUACUGGCUAUCAUUACUCAUUCCCAUUUCUCGGACCGUUACGACAGUCCUUGAAUCCAGAUGGGUCCCAUGUACGGCAUCUGUAUCAGCACCUUUUCUAUAUUGAUAAUCCCACACUGGCUUUUGUGGCCUUGCCGAAGAGGGUAGUGCCGUUCCCUAUUUCGGAAGCACAGAGUGCAUACAUAGCUCGUGUAUGGGCCAACAGAGUACAAUUGCCAACAAAAGCUGGUAUGCACGAAUGGGAAGCAGAUCUGAUCGCAAGCUGCCAGGAGCUGAGUCGGAUACAUGAAAUGAAGUAUCCCAAGGAUGCAAACUAUAUCAACGAACUUUAUGAUAUCUGCAAACCAACUGCGAGUGGUGCGAAUUUGAUACCUCCUCAAUGGGGUGAGGAAGCCUGCUAUUAUCGGCAACAUAUGGCAAAUAUCAAGAGCGCAUCUCGUAAGCUGGGAUCUGCACGCAAAUUUGUCAAGAGUUUGUCGGAGCUUGGAUUUGAGUAUCCGGUUAGUCAGUCAUAG